GUUUAGCCGUAUAUUUUUUUUGUUUUUAUUUUAUGGCAUUAAUAUAUUUAAUACAUGAAAUGCUAUGUAGUAUGUACCUCUUAAGUCUUAAUAUGAAAUGAGCGGUCUGUGCGUCAGUUUUAAGUAUUGGUUAAAAAUAAACCAUUUGAUUAAUUUAUUGUAGAAACUGCUGAAAUUUUUAGUAUAGCCAUCUAAAGCAUGGAGACUGAAUUGUUGCAAAGUUCGUGGUCACCAUAUACAGAGCUGUUACCUGUAUUGGAGAAUAUUUUUACAAAUGAAAGACCCAAUGUAGCAUUUUUAAAACGUAUUUUACGUGCUGCUAAACCACAUUUUUUGAAUGUAUUUAAGAAUCCACCAAAAAAUGUCAAAAGUCGAGAACAAAUAAUGAAAGUUUUGGCAGAUGGGAAACCAAUUCAAAAAUUUGAGAUGUUGGCGUUACCCAAAGAUAUGGCCGAAGAAGUGCUUAUUCUCUCAGACAUGUAUGAUUUAGAUGAACUCAUGUCUUUGGAACUUUUAAAUACUGCACGAUACCAAAAUCCAAAAUAUCCAGAACUUUGCCGAGGAUUAGUAGCAGUAUUGUUAUAUUAUAAUGCACAUCGCAUGCUAGUAUCUUCUUUAAGACUUCUCAUUGAAGGAAGCACAGGUCGUACUUGGAUGCCACGUGUAGAUCCAGCAUGUGCACAACAUCUUGGCCAAUUCGUUGAUCAACUAAUGAAUGAUGGUUUAUUUAUUAACAUCUUAAUUGUAUUGGAGAACAAAGAUUUAACUAAAGAAAUUGAAUUGCUUCAAAAAAAUAAAGCAAUUGGUGGUCCAAAACAUCACCAACUUGUUGUUAGCUUAUUUACUGAGAUUCGUACAAUGUUAGCAGAAUGUGUAUUUUAUUAUUCUAUUCAAUUUGGUUUAUCAAAACAACAACUAAUAAAUUUAAUACAACAUUUGCAAAAAAUAAAACCAGAUGUAGAAUCGCAUGGAGUCAUCAGUAAAGUACCUUUAUUUAUGGUGACAUCAUUUUUGUAUGCUAUUGAUUUGGAUUGUAUGAAUAAUACUCAAGAAAUUAGUGGUGAUACUAAGGAACUAUUUUUAUCUUCGGCAUAUGCUGAACUUACUAAAAACGAUUGGGAAUGGCCAGAACUGAAAAGUAUAGCUACUUUUGGAUUAGCUGUGGCAUUUUCAAAAUUGCGUUCUUCUCAGCAUGUAUUUAAGGAUAAAAAUUUAUUCAAAAUUGAUGAAACAUUAGUUAGCAAUGCUAUGGAUACUAAAGUAUUUAGAUUUAUAAACCAAAAUGUAGCUCCUUCAGAAUUCUUGCAUUAUGUAGAAUUCAUGAUAAAAAAAUUUCAUCAAUUGAUCACUGAAUUUAUUGUUAUGAUGCCACAUACUGUUAAAGAAAUAAGAAACAAAUCAGAUGAGAUAGCACAUACUAUUUUAAUUUAUUACCAAGAAGGAUUAGAACCUCCAACAAGUGAAGAAAAUCAUUUUGAACAACUAUUAAUGUUGAUGGCAUCAUUGUAUGCAAAAGAUCCAUUAGAAUUGAACUUAAAUUUGGAUUAUUGGCCACCAUCUCGUGAACAAUUAAAAACUAUCAAGAUGUCAUCAUUUUUAACAACUCAAAAAUUUCAGGCAUCAUUAUACAGAUUUAUUUGUCAAACUGGUGACAUGUUGCCUCAUAUGUUAUUUGUUCCCUAUUUAAAUAUGUUAAGCUCAUUAGCAACAUCUGAAACUGGAGCUGAAAAUGUGUUUAAUCAUUUUCAUUCUAAUGCAACUAAUUCAAAUCUUACUUGGGAUCAUUUUUUCAAAACUUUUUUGAGGUAUUAUACAAAUUUAAGACAAGAAAAUAUUCCUCCAACUGAUACUGUAUAUAAAAGAGGCCAUCAAAAAGGUAUUACUGCUCUUGAAAUACAAGGACUUCAAGCUGUACUAAAAUUAAUUAGAAACGUAGCAGAACAAAGUGUUAAGUCAAAAGUAACAUUUGUGGACCGUUCUGAAUGGGAGACUCUUCCAGUUUUACUGGGUCUUGUGUCAUGUCCUGUAAGAAUUUCUCUAAAGGCAGAUUUAAUUUUGACAUUAUCUACAUUAGUUAAACCUCCACCAUCAAUAAUAGCUAUCAAUUUUUGGCAAACUCUUGAAGCAUCUCAAAUAAUUGUAACUGUACCAACUAUUAGUAGCUAUCAAAGUCGUGGUAUUAUGGCAGAGUUAGAUGAUCUAGAACCUCGAAAUGAAGAAUACCCUUUGACAAUUUCGUUAUUGAAAUUAUUGUCUACUCUUACCGAACAGCCAGUACCAAAUCUUUUAGGUUCAAAUACCCGAACGCCUGGUUUUGAUCCAUAUUUAAAUUUUGUUUUACAUAAUAUCUUUUUGAAAUGUCUCUCUAGAGGUUAUAAAAAACAAAAUGAAAAAUGGGAAGUAAGCGGCUUAUGUUUGGAACUAGCAUUAAAGUUUUUGGACCAAUAUGAACCUCAGCAAACAGAUUUUGUGGGUAGUAGUGUUAUGCUACCAGAUAAUACUUCUAUGAAUAUCAACCCACCUCCCGGUUUUCAUAUCAUGACAUACUUAUGUACAAAUUCUGACUUUUUGAAAACUAUUUUAAAUAUAAUGCAUACGGGCUGUCAAAUGUUUGAUUUGUAUACCUCUUUUAGUGGUAAAGAAGCAAUGGAAAAAACAACAUUAGUUGUAUUACGUCUUUUAGAACAAGCUUUAUAUUUGCAGCAAAAAUUUUUAAAUGCAUCUAUUUCUUCUGGGUCACCUCUUAUAUAUACUGGAUUACAUAAAACUCUUGUUAGUAUCAAUGUAGCAACAAAUGAACCAGAUUAUAUAAUCGAUUUGUCCAAGUUUGUAACUUAUACACAUUUACCAGAGCAUGCAUAUCAUGCUAUUAGAAUAUUGAUAACUAUAACUUCUUAUCCAAUACCACAGUCUCAUAUGGUAUCAUAUUUUACUUCCAAUCCUCAACUUACGAUUGGUAUUAGACACGGCUUUGUGGAAUGCCUAGAAGAAGAAGAAUCAACAAAGUUUUUAGAAGAAUCAAAUGAUAUGUCUACUGUAAAAAAAUGUAAAGAGUCCAUAUUAAAACUCUUACUUCAGUGUUUAAAUUCUUCGCCUCCAAAUUUAGCACAUUAUUUACUUGGUUUUAAUUUAGACAAUGUACAAAAGACUUGUUUUGAAAAUGCUGGUGUUGGAGGAAAUCCUAGAAACUGUUUGCACUCAAUUAUUGAUAUAUUAGACGAUUCUCUUAAGAGUCGCAAGAAUGGAGCUGUUAGUAAAAAUCAUUCAAAAUUGUUAGAGUUAUGUUAUCAGUUGAUAUAUGUAUUAGUUUCAAGUAAUCGAACAUCCAAGCCAGUUUUGGUAUACUUGAAAUCCCGUAGUGACUUUAUUUUACGUCAUGCUUCUGCAUUACCAUUUUAUACAGAAAGUUCUAGCAAAAAAGUUAACUGUAGUGAUUUAAUACAAAUGAAUUGGUUGUUACGUAUAAUUGCUGUUGAGAUAAAAAUGCAUGUGCAUCAAAAUUUGCUGAUGACAUUGACAAAAUUAGUAUUAUUAUUUAUUGGAACUACUGAGAAAAAGAACAGUAUUCCUGGAUCUGAAUUAUUGCAAUCUCAAUCAACAAACAAUUUAUUUGAUCAUUCAACAUUGACUAGAGACCAUGAUCAAGAUGAUAGUAAAGAUGAUGGUAAAAAGUUACUAAGCUUGUUAGAAAUUGUGGACCUUGAAUUUGAAACAACUUUUGAUGAUAUGCCUGAACUAAAAUAUCUCGAGUCUAAACUUAUCAAUCAGUUAUUAAGUGAGUGUGAAAUUUCGGGGAAAGUUCCAUUAAUAGAUAUUAAGCAGUUGCAUUCUAUACUGAUGAAUGAAUUAAAAUCAAUUGAUAAUUCUUCAACUAUUAGAACUAGUUUGCUUCAAGAAAUUCAAGAAUUGUUAGCAUAUGCUGUAAGAAUUAAUGAUAAACGCCUUCAAGUUAGUUGUAUGGUAAAGUAUUUUGAUGCCUGGCAUCAAUUGACUGCUGUAAUAUUCAGCAUGGCUAACUUACCAUCUAUGGAAUUCCAACAACGCUUCACAUUUGUAAUUGAUCUUUUGGUAUCCCUACAAAGCAAGGUGAUUCGUUAUCCACAAAUGUCUGAUUUAUCUACACUCAUCACAAAUUCCCAAUUACUUUUGUUAAUAAAUUUGAAAAAUACAAUUGACCAACACUUAGAGCUAUGUGUUCUAAAUCCUGACCUUAAUUUAGGGUCAUUUGUUACUGGACAGUCUAGUGUUUAUUCUAGCAUGCUUCAAAAUAUACUUAAAUGUAUACAACAAUCAGGUUCUCAAAAAUUACGAGCAAGCUUAUACUCAUCGUUAAUUGCAUUGAUUAAUCUUUUGGCUACUAACAGUCGAACUCUAACUAAUGGAAACUUCAAACAAAAAAGUAUUUUAUUGACUUCUACUGAUAAACAAAUUCUUGAUUCUGAGUCCAUUAAGUUCAUUAAGUCUCUAAAUUUUGACCAAUACUUAAGCGAAAGAAUCUUGGAAGUAAUUUGUGUCGACUUAACUUCUGGUCAUGAUAUAUGCAAAGUACUAUCUUAUACAUUAUGUGAACUUUUAAUAGAUAUCAAUCCAAAACUUAUUAGCUAUAUAUCUAAUCAAGGUUAUCUUAAAUGCAUUAUAUCUAGCAUUUUAGAAUCAGAUUCAGAACUUAAAGAUUUGAUUUCAGCAAAAAAUAAAACCUUGAAACCCAUUUAUGUAUAUGAAAAUAAAAUGAGUCUUUUGAAUAAAAUUGCUACAUACACAACUGGUGCUGAUGCGUUACUUAAUCAUCAAGCUAUAGCAUGUUUAUCAUCAGUAAAGGCAAUUGAUGCACAUCCAAAUUUUGAAACCAGUUUCAAACGUUCUAUAAAAGAAUUUAUGCCAGAUGAAGGUGAUCGAUACAUGAUGAUAUGUUCACCAGCAAUGUGUUUAUGUCAAACAGUUAUAAGUACACUAGGAAAUCAAAACAUGACUUCUAUACUCCAAGUUGUCUAUUAUUUGAUUAGUCAUCGUGACACUGUAACAAUUGCUCUUACUAAUUCAGCACCGUUAUGUGAGCAGUGGUACCUUAAAGAACUUUAUCAAUUAACAUCUUUGUUUGUUAAUGUUACUAAUGAUGAUACAAGUUCAGAAAUAAAUUCAAGUGGUGACAAGGAUAUUGCAGGAUUAUUUUAUCAUUAUAGUGUGUUAAUGCAAAGAACUUUAAUAAGAUUUUCUGUUAAUUUAUCCAUAAUACGAGCAAUACGUAAAAAGUGUUCUGAAGAAUCUAGUCCAAAUGAUGGUGAAACAAAUGUUACUUUAUAUUUGAGAAUAACAUUAAAUUUAUUAAAUUAUGUAUCAAAUUUAAUGGAUGGCGGAUGGGCUACAAGUGGUCAGAAAUUUAAAAGACGGAUUUUGGAUGUUUCUGUUUAUACUGAUUCAUUUAGCAUUACUUCCCAUGGCGAUUUAAAUCCUAGCAAUGUUUUGUCAAUGGGUACAAUUGUCACAAUAAUGGUUCAAACUGUUGAACAUUAUUUCAUGCAAUUUAACACCAAAACUACAGCUGAAAAUAGAAAAUCACCUAUUCAAUUAUUUGGUGAAUGUAACAAUGAAACCGAGAUAGAAAAUAAGGAUAUUGGUGACCAAACUCAACGCAUACUUUGUAAACAAAUAGUGGAAGUAUGUCUAUAUAUUUUGUGGGCUCAUACAGAUUAUUAUUUUAUGCAAAGUCCUGUUCAACAUGUUCAUCGUCCUAAAGGAUUAAACAGAUCAGGAAGUUCAAACCAAGACGAUGAAGAUGGUGUAACACCUGAUGAAUUAAAAGAAUUAAGACAGGGAUUGGUGAAGGUGUUUAAUGAAGCAUUUCUUGAAAAACUUUAUGCAACAAAUGAUGAGAAGUCAGAAGACAGUUUUGUACAAGUCAUGGUUCACAGGAUCAAAAAACUCUUACAAUUUGUUAGUUCAUAGAACUUAAGUAGUUGAAUGAAGUCUUUUUUGCUUUUAUUUAUUUUUUUGUACAUUUAUAUAGAAAUUUUCAUUCCAUUUACAGUUGUAUAAAUUUUCAAUAUAUACAAUUACAACUCAUUAA